GGCAGCUGAGCAUGCUCAGUCCCCUCUGCCUCUCAGCGUCCUGUCACCACGGCCCUGAGGUACAGGUUUUUAUUUCCCGGCCUUGGAUAGGUGGGAAGUUGGAAGAAUGUGGGGAGGCACACCUGUUUCUGUCCGCCCCUCUGUCUGCUCCGCUGCCUGCUGCAGGCCCUGAGCCCUCCGUCUGGGGAGCUGAUGUCCCUGGGAGCAGUCUCCAAUGGGAGGUGGACAGGACGAGGCAGACAAACACCCCAGUUUUGGUGCAGGGAAGGGGAGGGAAGCAGGUGAUUCUCUUGUGGCAGCGGGGUCCCCAUGGUAACCUGGCCCUGCCCUCUGGUGUCUGUGAGGUCACCUGCCUCUCCCAGCUGGAGGAGGCGCAGGAGGCUGGACGCGGAAGCUGUCCCUCCUUCCAGACCCAGCCUGAUGGGGAUUCUGCUGCUGCUGGUGAAGCUGUCUGUGCUGCUGGUCCAGAACCGGGUCCACCUCUACAACGUUCUGCUCCUCAAGAUCAUCCUCUUCAACCACUGGCUGUCCGGGCUGCUCCAGCAGGCCCAGGGCUCCUGCAGCCGGCCAGCCCACCCACAGCCCGGGCUCCCCGCCUGCCCGGUGGGCUCGGUCCUGCGGGCCGGGCGGGCGCUGUUGGAGGUCCCUGUGUGGCUGGCGCUGAGGGUGCCCAGGCUCGUGUGGGCGGGAAUGCUGGGCUGUGCCCGGGCCCUGGGCCUGGACCCGAAGCAGCCGGGUGCCUGGGAGCAGCUGGGUCUCUCCGCGGCCACCUGGGUGGACCUGCUUCUGUCGUGUCUGCACAGCCUCAUGCUGGCCGCCUUGCUGCUGCUGCUGCUCUCCUGCCGGCUGCUGUGGAAGGCCCACUGCUGCAGUCUGGGCUGGCUGCCCGGCAAGGCUCUGUUGGAGAACCAGGUUGUCCUGGGGCUGCUGGCGCUGACGAAGCGUCUGUACGGGUGUGUGGAGAGCACGAUCGAGGCUACCGCCUGGCGCCUGGCCUAUCUGGUCACCUGGUCCACCUGCCUGGCUUCCCACCUGCUGCAGGCCGCCUUUGAGCACACGGCCCAGCUGGCCCAGGCCCAGGAGGCCGAGCCCCAGGAAGCCCAGUCUCUGUUUGAGUCCCCGUUCUUUGAGUCUCUGGUUCUCAAGGCCGGGCCAGUCCUGCCAGAACGCGAGACCGUUGGUGAAUAAACGUGUCUU